AUGCAGCCUCCGCAGCCUCCGUCUCAAGAAGAAAUAAACAAGAUUAAAGAACGGAAAAAGAGGUCGUUGAACAAGAAAUUGAAAAGCACCGGUAACAGCAUUAAUGAGCUUGUUUCUUUGAACGAAAGCGAAACCGCCACAAUAGGCAUGCCUGGAAUUAUUGCAUCGUCAUCGUCGUCCAUAAUGCAAACACGGUUGGAUGAAACGGAACUUAAUAAUAACAAUGACAAUGAAAAUGACAACAGCAGUAGCUGUAGUGUCGAUCAAGCAAGCUGUCUACACUUGACUGAAAUGAAUUCAAAUUCUCCUAGUUUCCAGCCAGAACCAUCGAGUAAAAUUUCAAACCACCCAAUUUCCCACAUUAGUUCACAGAUUGAAGAUUUCUCAGGCGUGUCGUCAAAGGAAUCACUACGACAGCAAUUUGCCUCGUCUUCAAAUGGCGACUUACUUGGUGCACUAUUAGAAUUGGAUAGACAGCGGUUUACUGAUCUCAGCAUGGUUGAUAUCAAAAGAAUUAAAAGAUUAUUUCCAAACAAGUUUGAAAUAAUUGACCAUUUCUUCAACUUGUACUUGAACUCACUAAAUAUCAUUUUGCUAGACGUACAAGACCAUGAUAUGAUGAAACGAGAAGCCAGACUGGCGUAUGAUAAAUUGUUACUGAUUGACGACGACAACGAUGUUCGAAAUAUUAGUAAAAAAUUCCAAUUCAGUAUUAUUGAAUUAAGGAGCUUAUCCCUAAUGUUUCUUAUACUAGCCAAUGGCUACUUGUUUGAUAGAGGAGAAGUGGAUAACUUUUUGCUUGAUUUUAGACACAUUUUUCAGAAACAGGACUUGUUAGAUGAUUGGAUAAAUAUUGCUAAAUUCAUCAAGGCCAAAAUACUAUCCUAUGAAACCUUGACUGAUAUCAGAUACUUGUUGGAUUGGUACUUGAUUAUAAAAAAUUACUACUCAUUCACCGAUAUGCUUGUUGAAAACUAUCUCGAGUUCAACAAUCUCCUCAACUAUAUUGUCUUGAAUAAUGAGUUCAUUGCAUUGAUGGAGGAACCCAAAGAUUCUAAAAGAGAGACUUCUUCUCUGGUACCGCCAUCACCACCUGAAAAAAACGGAUCAGCAACAAUACCAGCAUCAACACCAGCAUCAGCAUCAACACCAGCGUCAGCACCAGCAUCGGCACCAGAAUCGGCACCAGCAUCGGCACCAGCAUCAGUGCCAGUGCAAGCAUCAUCAUCAUCAACAACGACGAGCGUCGCUGCCACCACCACCACCACCACCACCACCACGGGCACUACUACUAUCGACUACCCUGAAUACUCCCGAUCUAAAGAGUUUAUUAUAUUGGCUAAAUACUGGAUCCAAAUAAGAAUAACUGAAUUUGAAUUUAUGUUUUUCCAAUUUAAGGGCUCAAUGCUUGUAUCAAAUCAAAUAAAGAACACCGUGGUACCACACAAACAACUCAUUUCCAUUUUAUAUGGUGCAAGUUCAAACUCAAAACCAAUCAUAUAUAAUCCAUUAAGUCAAUUUCUGAUAAAGAUAUGGGGAAUGUAUUACAGAAGUUCAGGAUAUGCCGUAACUAUAAGAGGUAUAAUAAAGAACUAUCUUAAAUUCUAUAGUAAUGUUUUAUCUUUGUUAAGGGAUGAGCUUGAACAGACCUAUCUCACAUUAUCACAACAACAACAACGAGGAAUCAUUAGAGAAGUUACUAUUCCAGAUAUCGAAAUAUUAGUUCAAAAUCAACGAGUUUUGCUAUUGUUUGUGCAAUGGUUGUCCUUCAUUCGAAUCGAGGCUAAUUACUUCCCCAGCUUAAGGUAUGCUUCAUAUCUCACUCUGAUGAUGAAUCUUUUCAACCAUUUCAAUUUAUUAGAUGAUAUAUCUGGUGGGAAACUAAUUGAUUACUUGCUAAACCAAUUACCAUGUCAUUGUUUCAAGAUAUUUUUGCAAUCACUAGUAUACCAAGGAAUCUUUUUAAUUUUAAUGAAGUAUUCUACAAUUGGUAAAUCAGGCACGGAAAAAGUCAGAAUCAACUUACUUCGAAUUUAUCAUGAAACAGUUCAAUCAUUUCAAAUUACUGCGACCAAAUUUUCAACUAACGCUCAAGUCAACACUAAAUUCGUGCCAAUUCCCAUAUUCAAUAAAACUUUGGGAUUAAUAUCUGAUUUCAACAAUAUUUUAAAUAACGUUCCUCCAUUGAGACCAAAUCCAACGUUAGCCACGCUCCCAUUAUCCUUCACCGACUUAUCCGAUCUAUUAAACAAUUUUGAACAACUCAUUCCUUCUGCUCAUUGGGAAUGCUUAACAAACACGUACCUUGGAUCAAGGGAUAAUUUGUUUAGAUAUGCGGAAAAAAUAUGGGAUUUAUUCAGUUAUGUCCAAUCAGGGUUCGAACCAAUUUAUAUUACUCCACUGAUUCAAUUUGAUGAUAAUUUUAUUGAUGCAAACCGCGGUCUCCUUUUUGGAUUUGUUUUUGAUUCAAAGGUUGUUGAACAGUAUGUUGAACUUAAUGUAGAUCCAAAUAUAAAGGAUUGA